AUGUACUUCUCCAAGGUUUUGUUCGAUUGCUCUGAUAUCAGCAUUGAAUCGUCAUCCGGUGUCUACGAAAUCAGAACAACUCCAGGAAAACGUGUCGACUUGUUCUGUGAUACGGACACUGCCGAUGGACCGUGGACGGUGAUACAGAGACGAACAAUUGGAGAUGUUGAUUUCUAUCGAAACUGGACUGACUACAAAAACGGUUUCGGGGAUCUACUGGGGGAUUUCUGGAUUGGUAACGACAACCUUCAUGACCUGACUACCAGCCCCAGGAUCCUCCGAGUGGAACUAGAGGGAUUGGACGGCACAAAAGGAUAUGCCCAGUACUCGAAUUUCCAGGUGGCCAAUGAAGAUCAGAAUUACAGACUUCUUGUACAAGGGUUUUCCGGGAACGUCUCCUAUGAUGCCAUGGCCUCUCAUAACGACCAAUCAUUCAGCACGUAUGACAGGGAUAAUGACAAAGCCAGUGGUAACUGUGCUAGCAAUCAUAAUGGCGCUUGGUGGUACUGGAACUGUUUCCAUAGCAACCUGAACGCAGGAUUUGUGACAGACGAGGAAUUCAAUGAACGAAAAGUGAUUCUGUGGUACUUCUUCCCCAAUGUCCAUGGCUAUGAUCCGACGAAAACUUCCAUGAUGAUGAUUCGAUAGAUACAUAUUG